AAAUUGUUACAGUGCCCAAUCACCACACCGACCUGCUGCGCUUCUUGCUUUACAUUACACAGUUUACUCAGACAGUCGAAACCGUAGGAGCAGUUUCUGGAGUUGAAAUAGGCCGACACAAAAAUGUCUCACAGAUCAGUAAAACAGCAUUCUGUAGUUUUGGAGAUGCAGAAGUCGCAAAAUGGAAACAAGACAUUCAUUUACACUUCGAAAAGGGGAUAUGACAUCACACGGAACCCACACCUGAACAAGGGCAUGGCCUUCUCCUUGGAGGAGAGGCUGCAGCUUGGAAUCCAUGGCCUCCUCCCUCCAUGCUUUCUCAGUCAGGAUGUCCAGGUCCUGAGAGUGCUGAGGAACUAUGACAUGAAGAAGGAUGAUCUGGACAGAUACAUUUUUUUGAUGUCUCUUCAGGAUCGGAAUGAGAAACUGUUCUAUAGAGUGCUAACCUCUGAUAUACACAGAUUCAUGCCAAUCGUUUACACUCCCACCGUGGGUCUGGCUUGUCAGCAGUAUGGCUUAGCCUUCAGGAGACCAAGGGGUCUCUUCAUUACAAUCCAUGAUCGAAAUCACAUCUCAACAUUGCUUAAAGCCUGGCCUGAAAAUGAUGUAAAGGCCAUUGUUGUCACAGAUGGAGAACGCAUUCUUGGACUAGGAGAUCUGGGCUGUUAUGGGAUGGGCAUCCCUGUGGGUAAGCUGGCCCUUUACACAGCUUGUGGUGGAGUGAAGCCCCAGCAAUGCCUGCCUGUGAUGUUGGACGUAGGCACAGAUAAUGAGGAGCUUCUGAAAGACCCAUUGUAUAUUGGAUUGCGACACAAGAGAGUGAGAGGCCAAGCCUAUGAUGAUCUCCUGGAUAAAUUUAUGAAAGCUGUGACUGACAGUUAUGGCAUGAACUGCCUGAUUCAGUUUGAAGAUUUUGCUAAUGCCAAUGCCUUCCGCCUCCUGAACAAGUAUCGCAACAAGUACUGCACCUUCAAUGAUGACAUACAAGGAACAGCAGCUGUGGCUGUUGCAGGUCUUCUUGCUGCUCUUCGCAUUACAAAGAACAAACUGUCUGAUCACAAGAUACUGUUCCAAGGAGCUGGGGAGGCUGCCAUGGGGAUUGCUGAACUCAUCACCAUGGCAAUGGAGAAGGAAGGGACCCCAAAAGAACAAGGUCUUAAAAAAAUCUGGAUGGUGGACUCCAAGGGACUGAUUGUCAAGGGCCGUGACAAUUUGUCUCAUGAAAAACUUCAAUUUGCUCAUGGACAUCCUGAAAUGAAAAAGCUGGAAGACAUUGUCCGAGAUAUUAAACCAACUGCAAUUAUAGGUGUUGCUGCAAUUGCAGGAGCUUUCACUGAGCAGGUUAUCAAGGACAUGGCAUCUUUCAAUGAGCGUCCAAUCAUUUUCGCAUUGAGCAACCCUACUAGCAAAGCAGAGUGCACCGCUGAGCAAUGCUAUGUCCUGACUAAGGGUCAGGGCAUAUUUGCCAGUGGAAGUCCUUUUGACACUGUCACUCUCCCUGAUGGCCGACAGUUUCACCCUGGCCAAGGAAACAAUGCCUAUGUUUUCCCUGGAGUUGCCCUUGGUGUUUUUGCUUGUGGAGUCAGGCACAUUAGCGAUGAGAUCUUCCUUGUCACGGCUCAGACUAUUGCUGAACUGGUCAAGCCUGAAGAUUUGGCUGAAGGACGCAUAUAUCCUGAUUUAAAUACCAUUAGAGAUGUUUCCUUCAAAGUGGCAGUUAAGGUGGUAGAAUAUGCCUACAAAAACAGCAUAGCCACUGUCAACCCUGAGCCCACUGACAUAGAAGCGUUUGUCCGCUCACACUUGUACAGUACCGACUACGAUGGUUUCACUUUUGACAACUAUUCCUGGCCUGAGGAAGCCAUGAAAGUACAAACUGUUCAACUGUAAUGGUAUUGUUUAACAUGAAUAUAACUCAGCAGUUUUAUACACGCUUUCAAAGCUUUAUAUAAUUAUAUAGACUGACAGGUUGAUUUGCUAAAAAUUACUGUUCCUAAUAAAUAUGGAAAUAAGACUUUCA